UGGACGGAAGUGUUUGCUGCCGCUGAAGCUGCAGAAGGAAAAGCUCUCUCUGCUUCCUCGUUCAUCUGUCAGUUUGUUGCUUCAAUGCUCUCUCGGAUAAAUUGAUUAUAAUGGCUCUGAACGCAGAUGUAAACAAGCCUCUUCCUCUGCGGAGGAAACGGGAGGACGCGGCGGAGGGCGGAGAUGUUCCCGUUAAGAGAGAAAGCAGGUUGGAGUCUUGUUUGGAUCAGCCGAUGGAUUCAGGAAGUAUCCACGAGGUCAUUAAGUUCACUCCCUCUCCUCUGUCAGCCAAACAUUACGAUGUGGACACCACAGAACCAAUCAGCGGCGGUCUCACCACUUUGGACGAGCUGUUGUCGUGGAAACGGAGUGAGGCGAACCCCUUCAAUGUGGCGACGGUACCUCUGGCCCCUCGGGUGCCUCCUCUGGCUGAUUGUCCUCGACGAACUUUGGUGUCUCAUGACAUGAUGGGCGGUUACCUGGACGACAGGUUUGUGCAGGGGACUCAUGCAGAGGCUCCGUAUUCCUUCUAUCACUGGCAGCACAUCGAUGUUUUCAACUACUUCACACACCUCCUGGUCACCAUUCCUCCCGCCAUGUGGACCAACACUGCUCACAAACAUGGAGUCGUAAUGAUUGGGACGUUCAUCACAGAGUGGACGGACGGAGCGGCCACGUGCGAGUCCUUCCUGAAAGACGAGGAGUCGUAUCGAGCCGUGGCUGAUAAACUCGUCCAGAUCAGUCACUGUUACGGCUUCGAUGGAUGGCUCAUUAACAUCGAGAACAGCCUCAGUGAGGUGGCGCUGAAGAACACACCUUUGUUCCUGCGUUAUCUGACCGACCAGGCGCGCCUGAGGGUGCCGGGAGGUUUGGUCCUUUGGUACGACAGCGUGAUCGAUACGGGACGUCUGCUGUGGCAGAAUGAACUCAACCAGAACAACAGGAUGUUUUUCGACGCUUGCGAUGGCUUCUUCACCAACUACAACUGGACCGAGCAGAACCUGGAGUGGAUGAGCAACUACAGCGGCAUCUCAGGUCGCCAGGCCGACGUCUACAUCGGGGUGGACGUGUUCGCCCGAGGCAACGUGGUGGGAGGGAAGUUUGAAACAAACCAGGCGCUCCAAGUCAUCCGAAAACACAACUUCUCUGUCGCCCUCUUUGCUCCGGGCUGGGUGUACGAGACGCACGAGGAUAAGAGCGAGUUCCGCAAAAAUCAGGACAAAUUCUGGGCUCUUCUAUCAGACUACCUGUACGUCCAUCGGCCAUCUUUGUCCCUCCCCUUCAUUUCCUCCUUCUGCCAGGGCUUUGGGAAGGCCCUCUACUGGAGAGGACAGCGUGAGACGGAGAGGAGCUGGUUCAACCUGAGCGCUCAGGAGAUCCAGCCUUUAUAUUACCACACAGAGCUGGAGGGCGGAGCCUGGCUGCGGAGCCGCGGCUGCCCUGACGACGCCUGGAACGGAGGCAGCUCUCUGCUGCUGGACGGACUCAUCCCCACCGCACACACCUCUCCAGUUUGUGCAAAGAUCUUCUCGCUCCACGUUCCCCUCGCUGCAAAGACUCUGGUGAGCGUCAUCUACAAGCCGUCUGCGGGGAUCUCAGUGUCCCUAGAGCUGAAGACCACAGAUGCAAGUCUGUGCACACACAUGGACAUCCAAGAUGUUCAGCUCAUCAGUGUGACUCCUGAGCAGCUGGAUGAAGAACAGCAGCUCUUCAAACAGUUCUCUCAGCUGUGUGGAAGCUUUAUUCCCUCAGGUUGGACUGUCAGGUGCUCUCAGCUGGAGCUUCGUGGUUGUGCUCUCAGAGAAGUUUGUUUGAGCAUCCGGCGGGACGGUGAGCCCGAGGACACGCCGUUCAGCUGCAGGCUGGGACAGAUCAUGCUCUUGGACAUCUCCAGCCUGCAGGUCCCUCCUGAGCUCAUUCAGGGUUUGUGCAUUUACGACGUGGUGUGGUUUCACGGCGUCGGUUCCUCACUGGAGUCCACCUCUCCCGGUCUGAUCCUGAACGCCACCCUUCGCUGGGAUUACCCGACUCACCUCGUGCAACACUUCAGGGUGUACUGGAGGCAUCUUAGAGGAACUGAUUCUAGAAUCCCGGCGGGGCCGCUGGUUCUGGUGGGGCGAGCGUAUUCUAAUCUUUACAGAGUGACGGAGCUGAUGGUGCCGGAGCCGCCCGGCCUCAUGGAGCUGGUGGUGGAGCCGGUGAUCAGGAAGGACUUCCAGAUCCCAGAGAACCACUGGGGGAGGAGGAGCCUCAGCUACACCAAGGACUCAACAUGAGGACUAAAGAAUAACUUAUCAGGAUGAACCUUUGAUCAAUGGUGCUGCAACCAAGGCUCGAGGUAAACGUCCAUGUUUAGAAGUUGGAACAACUCAGGGUUUGAAGGUUAAUUAAGAAUCUACAUGAGAAGAAGGAUUGGGUUAUAAAGCUCUUAAGAUUAACAAAAUGUACUGUACCAAAUAUAAAAGUAUGUUUAACUUUUGACUGACUGUAUGUUGGAUGUGUUGAGUAAGACACAAACAUUUGAUGGAACAGAAUGUCUCAUUAUUCAUAAGCUAUGGACCUACAAUCUGUGAUUUAA